UAAUAACACAAAAUCUUUCAUUGUGACAAUAUCAUCAUUUAAUCUAUUUGUUGCUGAUUUUAUCCCUACUAUCAUGUCAUGCUACUAUAAACAUGCUUCUGUUGCGUUAGAGUUCAGCUGCAGCGGACAGUAAAACAAGUAGGAACUAAGUGUUAAGGAAGUGCAGCGCACUACUUCCCAUGUUGUCACCCAUUUAGAAAGCCUCAUGUGAGGAAUAAUGAGAUCAUUUCUAGCUGUGAAGCCUCAGACAUGGACCCGCUGCUCUGGUUGUCGCUCCUGCUCACCUACCUGCCACUAACAGAGAGCAUGAAAAAAGAAGAGAGCUGCUUAUCACAGCAAAAUGUGAUUUGGCGGAAAAUUGGAACAUCUGUUAAUCUGAAGUGUGACGUCUCUCAAGACUGUUCAGCUGCAGGUCUGCAUUAUGAGUGGUUUACUUUCAAUGAAAACUCCCAUUUUCCCCUCAACGUGGACAGCAAUCCCUUAAAAUACAGGCUGGAGGGAGGGUCUUUAUCCAUCAGGAGCCUCCAGAGCAACGACAGCGGUAUCUACCACUGUGCUGCAGCGUCCAGAGGAGCUCCAGCAGCAGGCAGCCAGCACGUCGGCCUGGGAACAACCCUCAUAGUGAAGGAGCAAGUUAGAACAACAGUGCGGUUCAAUCUGCUGUGGGUUUCUUUUGUCCUUUUGGCCAUCUACAGCGUGGCUGUAGUGACACUUUUUAUAAAGAAGUUUUGCUGCAACAAGAGCGCCGGCAGAAGGACGAACAAAACUGGGAAGAAAAACUCGACAAAAAAAGCACAAUUCCGUGACGUGCUGCAUGAAAUGUACAACAGAAGGAACAUGGACCGAGGCAGUAAGACUGGGAGCAGAAACCAUCGAGAAGAGACUGCAAGCAACGACUUCAACAGCUCAAAUGAUGACAUCUAUCAAAAUGUAUAAAGUGUCAUUCAGGGAUUUUAAAUGACACUUAUAUAUCAUCAUCACAGCCAUGAAACACCAGAUGGAGAAUAUGUGACAGCAAAUCAUCAAGUGACUUUUUAUCAUAAAGUGAGACAUCACCACAACAAAGACUUUUUAUUUCCUGUUUUCAGUUCAGUACUGAUAGAUGGAGAGCCCUCACUUUAACCCUUUGGAGUUUGGGGCUAUUUUGUUGGUUUUUGACUCCUUUUCAUUCUGUAUAAACAACUUAAAAAAGUGUUCACCAUGCCAUGUUGGUGUGGUUUUUCAGCACAACCUCACAGAUAUGACCUGAUUAUUAUUUUUUUCAUUUUGAUUUACUGGAUCAACAUGUUCCAACACAAAAAACACACAAAAACACACCAAACACACACAAAAUUAC